UAAUAGGACAACCAUGUCCCCGUGCCAGUCCUGAAAUAUUUUCUCCGGCCAAGCAAAAGAGAAAAGGGAUUACGCCAAAAGCCACCCCCGAAAAACAUCACUUCGCAUUAGUUAACACCCAAUAAACAAUAAACAAUUCAACAGCCUACAAAGAGAAGAAAAAAGAAAAAAACUUCAAAAUCAAAAUGCUCCCAUUUUGUUGUAAUGUCAAUGGGAGCAUCCAUAUUCAGCUCUUUCUUAGUUAAAUGUGAUGUUUUGUUAACGAUGUUAUCAAUUAGGUAUUGUUUGGAUGCCAGCAAUAUAUCUUAUCCUUCUCCUUCGAUCUGUUGGGUUGAAUAUUAUUUGUAGCAGUUGACUAUUGCAAGAUUUUUAAGUUCUCUAUUGUAUUAAUGGCGGACUCUACGUCAUUAGAUGUGAUACUGGAAUUUCUGCGAAAGAACAAAUUUACAGGGGCGGAGGCUGCUUUGCGUGGUGAGCUGAAUAAAUGUUCUGACCUGAAUGGUGUGGUCGAGAAGCUUACUUUAGAGGAUAAAGAGCUGAGUAGAUCAUUAGAAGCAAAUGGCGGGAAAUCAACUAUGGAGAAUCUCGGUAUGACCUAUCGAAAUGGUGGGGAGGUUUUCAAGGAGACAAGUUCGAGGAGCAGCGGUGAAACUUCAAAGGAGCUUAUCGUUAAGGAGAUAGAGUGCGGGAUUGGGAGAAAUGGCUCCGAAUGCAACUUGAAAAAUGUUGCAUAUGUUGGGAAGAAGAAGGAACAUAACAACAAUGCCGAGGAUACUAUGAUUGAUAUGUACUCGUGGAACUACGAUCCCAGUAAUGGUUCUCUUUUGUCGUAUCAGAACAAUGGUGGAACUAGUGCUGCCAAGGACUUUUCAGGCUUGGUGCAUAGUGGGAAGUUGAGGUUAAAUUCGUCUGAGGUCUUCGAUAGUGGUAAGGCUAACGCAAAAUCUGGGGAAGAUGUCAGCUUUUCUGGUGAAAAUAGAAUGUCGUGGCCUGGAAGUACCAGCAAAGACAAUGUGGAACCAAAGCAUGGAAGGAGUCAAACUAGUGAACUCAGAGAGGCUAAUCACCAAAUUAAACUAAAUGGGGCGUCCAAAGAAGUAAUUAUUAGGUCAAAAAGUGAUGAAUCGACUAAACUUUCAUCCGAGCCUUGGAAAGAUUGCUCAGCCAAAACUGUUUUCCCAUUCCCCAAAGGAGAUGUUUUCACAAGUUAUGAUCACAACAUUGCUACUGGUGGUAACAAAGUAGGUAAAAGGACAACAGAGGGUAAUGCUGUUAGGAAUUCGAUUAAAGAGCAAGUGGAUGAGGUGGGAAGAGCUUUGUAUCUGGGGAAGACACCAGAAAGUGAACCAAAAGAUUUCAGCGGCUUAGGCUUUUCCUUUAUAUCUGAGAGCCAGAAAGAAGAACUACAUCUACCCAGGUUGCCACCUGUUAGAAUCAAGUCAGAAGAGAAGUCCUUCAAUAAUAUUCAUUGGGAGGAAAAGUUUGAACGAGAUGGACCUGGCUCAAAGAUUACAAAUGGUGACAAUACAUAUGUCAUAGGUUCAUUUCUAGAUGUUCCCAUUGGACAAGAACUUACCAAUUCAGGUGGAAAAAGGAUUGGUGGAGGCAGUUGGUUGUCUGUGAGUCAAGGCAUUGCUGAGGACACUUCUGAGCUUGUUUCUGGUUUUGCAACUAUUGGUGAUGGAUUGAGUGAAUGCGUUGACUUUCCCAAUGAAUAUUGGGAUUCCGAUGAAUACGAUGAUGACGACGAUGUUGGUUAUACGAGACAACCUAUCGAAGAUGAGUCCUGGUUUUUAGCUCAUGAAAUUGAUUACCCUAGUGAUAAUGAAAAGGGAACAGUACACGGAAGUGUUCCAGAUCCUCAAAGAGGGGAAAACAAAGAAGAUGAUGAACAAUCUUUCGCAGAGGAAGAUUCCUACUUAUCGGGUGAGAGAUAUUUCCAAUCAAAGAAUCUUGACCCAGUUGGGCCUUCAGAUGAUCCUGUAGUGCUUUGUGAAACUGAAAUGUAUAGGAGAACUAACAUGAUUGCCCAAUACGACAGACAGUUGAUGGAUGAAGAUGAACUGAAUUUGAUGUGUGUAGAACCUGUUUGGCAGGGAUUUGUUACCCAAACAAGUGAACUUGCCAUGUUAGGGGAUGAUAGGGCCUUGAAUGAGCGUGAAAGGCCCCGAUUGGAUGACAUUUACGUGGACGGUGAUCAGCACGGUUCAGUUAGGUCAAUUGGUGUGGGUAUUAACAGCGAUACUGCUGAUAUCAGUAGUGAAGUCCACGAAAGUUUGGUUGGACGGAGCGGUCAGGGAGAUAUAGGGUACUUCCAUGAUCAUGAUGCCAAUAUUGGUGGGGCCAGACACAUACCCCCUGAUUCAGAUAAGCCUUAUACUGAGAUAAGAAACAGAGAUGAGAAAAUAGCUAAGCAGAUAUCUGACAAGUUUGUCUCGGGUACUGAUAAAGGAGGAUCUGUACAAACAAAUCACUUACAUGGAGGAUUCUCAUUUGCCCUUCCCAGAGAUGGGCAGUUGAUUCAAACAAGCUCGAGUAAAUCUUUAUGGUCAAGCAAGGGCAAUGCUAUUAUCACCGAUGAAGCUCAUGACAGUCUGGUUGCAAAUGAUGACAUGCUUGGUUCUUUGAGGCGCAAAAGCAAUGAGUCAUCACCUAUCAAGAGCUCAAGAGAUGAAAGCAACAAAAUUGCUGUAGGAUCAGUAAAUUCUAGCCCUUCAUCUUUUUCAAAUUAUGGUUAUGUAGAAGGGGAGCAUGUGAAGAAUGAAGAGGGCACCCAAAUAGCCAGUGCAAGAGAGGAAGGUUUUGGGCAGUCAUUGGAGGAGGAUGAGGAAGCAAUUGCCGUUCAGGAACAAGUAAAGCAGAUCAUGGCGCAGGAAGAGGAAUUUGAAACUUUCGAACUUAAGAUUGUGCAUCGGAAAAACAGAACUGGGUUUGAGGAGGACAAAAGUUUCCAGGUUGUUUUGAAUUCAGUUAUAGCUGGGCGAUAUCAAGUAACUGAGUAUCUCGGAUCUGCUGCAUUCAGCAAAGCAGUACAAGCACAUGAUCUUCAUACAGGCAUGGAUGUCUGUGUUAAGAUUAUAAAGAACAACAAAGAUUUUUUUGAUCAGAGUCUUGAUGAGAUAAAGCUUCUCAAAUUUGUUAACAAGCAUGAUCCGGCCGACAAGUACCACCUACUUCGGUUGUAUGAUUAUUUUUAUUACCGAGAGCAUUUGUUAAUUGUAUGUGAACUACUGAAGGCCAAUCUGUAUGAAUUCCAAAAAUUCAACAGAGAAUCUGGUGGAGAAGUUUACUUUACCAUGCCAAGACUGCAGUCGAUCACUAUUCAGUGUUUAGAGGCUCUUCAGUUCUUGCAUGGCCUUGGGCUCAUACAUUGUGAUUUGAAGCCCGAAAACAUACUGGUGAAAAGCUACAGUAGAUGUGAGGUGAAGGUAAUUGAUCUGGGUAGCAGUUGUUUUGAAACAGAUCAUCUUUGUUCUUAUGUCCAGUCAAGAUCCUACCGCGCACCAGAAGUUAUUUUGGGGCUUCCUUAUGAUAAAAAGAUAGAUAUCUGGUCUCUUGGCUGCAUCUUGGCAGAACUUUGCACGGGCAAUGUCCUUUUCCAGAAUGACUCUCCUGCCACAUUACUUGCUAGGGUAAUUGGUAUCACAGGUCCGAUUGACCAAGAGAUGCUCGUCAAAGGAAGAGAAACUUACAAACAUUUCACCAAAAAUCACAUGCUAUAUGAACGAAAUCAGGAAACGAACAGAUUGGAAUACUUAAUACCCAAAAAGACAUCCUUAAGGUAUCGAUUACCAAUGGGAGAUCAAGGUUUCAUUGAUUUUGUGGCUCAUCUUUUAGAAGUUAACCCAGAGAAGCGGCCUUCUGCCUUAGAGGCUCUAAAGCACCCAUGGCUAUCGUAUCCAUAUGAGCCAAUAUCAUCGUGAAUUACGUGAGAUUUCUUGAGCAACUCAGCCUACUAAAGUUUUUCUAUGACUUCAAUUUGGAUUCUCCAGCGAUGACAUAUGAAGAAAGUCGUCCAAGUUGGGUUGCAUUUCCAGUUAACGCAAAUUGAGCGUUAUGUAACACUAGCAUGUUCUUGCUUGUCUUUGUUUGGUUGCAGCAAAUGCGUUCUGUUUGUACAUGAUGUCUGCUAAUUCUUUUUAGGUAUUUAGUGAUAGGUUGUGAUAUAGCCGUUUAUCCAAUUUUGGGUGGCUUUUGCUCAGUUGCUGCACUGCAAUGUAUCAGAAUGAAUCAAAACACAGACAAUUCGUGAAAGUACAGUACAAAAUGUCACUUGUUGAUAUGUUGUUCUGA